UAUUAGGCUGUAUACCGAAGCCACUGCGCUCCACUGAACUGGUUAAUUUGGCUGACGGGCUUCGCCACCGCCACCAGCGUUUGCAAUGCGGCGAUUUUCCUCUGUCCUCGCCGCUUCCUUGGUGGUGCUGGCGGCCGCCGCCUCCCUGCUCCCCGCGGCGCGGGCACACAACAUCACUAAGAUCCUGGCUCAGCACCCGGAGUUCUCCACUUUCAACCACUACCUGUCGGCCACCCACCUGGCCUCCGAGAUCAACCGCCGCCUCACCAUCACCUUGCUCGUCGUUGAUAACUCCGGCAUGGCUGACCUCCUCGCUAAGCAUCUUUCCCUCCCCACCCUCCGUAACGUCCUCGCCCUCCACGUCCUCACCGACUACUACGGCGCCAAGAAGCUCCACCAGAUCACCGGCGGUGCCACCACCUCCGCCACUAUUUUCCAGUCCUCCGGCCACGCCAUCGGCACCGCCGGAUUCAUCAACAUCACUGACCACAGCCGCGGGAAGGUCACCUUCGUCGCCCGGGACUCCGGCGGCGCCUCGCCUGCCACUUUCGUUAAGUCCGUGAAGGAGAUGCCUUACAACAUCUCCAUCCUUCAGAUCAGCACCAUCCUGUCGUCGCCGGAAGCGGAGGCCCCUGUCGCCGCCCCCGGCCCCGUGAAUCUCACCGCUCUCAUGGCCAACAAGGGCUGCAAGGCCUUCGCCGACCUUCUCCUCGCCACUCCCGACGUCCUCAAGUCCUUCCAGUCCAACCUCGACAGCGGCCUCACCGUCUUCUGCCCUGACGACGAGGCCGUCUCCGCCUUCUCUCCCAAGUACACGAAUCUCACCGCCGCCGGAAAGUCCAGCCUUCUCCGCUACCACGCCGUGCCCGUCUACUACUCGCCCCAGCUCCUGAAGACCAACAACGGCCCUUUCUCCACCCUCGCCAGCGACGCACACAACAAGAACUACAAGUACACGGUCAAGAGCGACGGCGACGUCAUCACCAUCAAGACCCAUAUCGUCACCGCCGACAUCACCUCCACCCUCAUCGACCAGGACCCCAACGCCGUUUACGUCAUCGACAAGGUCCUGGAGCCGCGGGAGCUCUUCAAGGUCCCGGAAAAGGUGAUCGCCGACGCACCCGCUCCUGCGCCUGCCGCCCCACCCAAAAAGAAAAAAAGUACUGCAGCCAAGCACAAGGCCGCCGCCACCGCCGCGAACGGCGCCCCCGCACCAACCACCCCGGCCGGCCCAGAGGAGUCGCCCGCCGACGACGACACGGCGGCGGCGGACAAUGCUGCACUCCGAACCACCGCCGCAGCCUGGACGGUGCUCGCCGCCGCAGCGGCGGCCCUGUUCCUUGCAUAAUUAAUCAAUUAAGAGGUUUUUUUUUCUCCCCUUUGUAUUCUUAUUUAUUUCCCUGUCUGCCAUAAAAUUUUCUUCCUUUAAUUUACUGUUCCUGGUGCCGCGAUUGCAUGACCUGAACCAUCGAGUGAGGAAGAAUAAUUGAAGAGAUUAUUGUACUGUUUUCUAGUUCCUCCGAUCUAUGUGUCUGCAUUUGUAAUGCUACGUUUGUUACUUCUGUAGAUGGUGUGUGAUUUUGAGUGAAAUAGCGAUGAUUACUGUAUUUAUAAUUUGAGAACUGCUUACCGUUUUGAUUCUCA